UAGUAGCGAAGAAGAUCCUCGACUUAGAAAACUUACGCAAGAACUUUGUAGUCAACUUGCAGUCAAUCGUGAACAAGUUAGGCGGUUACAGCAACAAGUAGAUGAAUUAAAAAGUCGGGCUGAAAAAUACGAGGGCCCUUUAAAUCGUUCAAAUUAUAAAGGUCCACCGUUUGAGGCUGGAACAGAUAUAGAGCGUCAGAAUGCGCAAUUAAUCUAUGAAAACCGACAAUUAAAUGAAGAAAAUUCUGAAUUAUUAUCUAUAAUUAAAGAAUAUGAAACAACAUUGCAAAUAGUUAUGAAGAAAUUUCGAAUUCAAUCUGUAAUGAUAUCAGAAAAUGUCACCCUACAAUCAUAUAUUUCCAACAUUAGCAGUUUAGUCAGAGAAGCAUACAAUGCUCAAACUGAUUUGGAUACAGAUAUUCUAAUAGAAAGUCUGAAAGUAGAAAAUCAAGGAUUGAAACAAAUGCUUAAUAUUGCUAACAUUGACUCUGAA